ACUUUUUAACGCUUAUUACUUACACCCAUUCUUGACAUGGCUGACCAAGGAAUUAGCAAACAGCUCGCAAAAGUGAAGCACAUUAUCUUGGUGCUUUCUGGUAAAGGCGGAGUAGGCAAAUCGUCUGUUACAACACAACUUUCUCUUGGGCUUGUGCACCAAGGAUUCAAGGUCGGUGUCUUGGACGUUGAUCUAACUGGCCCUAGCAUUCCUCGCAUGCUUGGCUUGGACGGCAAACAGGUUCACCAAGCUUCUAAUGGUUGGGUGCCAGUCUAUGCAGAUGAAAAGCAACGACUUUGCUGUAUGUCAAUUGGAUUCCUUUUGCAAAACAAGAACGACUCAGUCGUAUGGCGUGGACCUAAGAAGAAUGCAAUGAUCAAGCAAUUCUUGCAGGAUGUAUGUUGGGGAGAGCUGGAUUACUUGAUUAUCGACACACCACCUGGAACAUCAGAUGAACAUAUAUCUGUUGUUGAAUUUCUGAAGGCGUUCAAUCCAGAUGGUGCAGUUAUUGUUACAACCCCUCAGGGCGUAGCACUUGCAGAUGUCCGUAAGGAACUUUCUUUCUGUAAGAAAGUUGAACUUCCUAUUCUCGGUGUUGUGGAAAAUAUGAGUGGUUUUGUCUGCCCACACUGCGCAGAAUGCACCAAUGUAUUUUCUUCGGGAGGCGGUGAAUCUAUGGCCAAGGACUAUGGUAUUCCAUUCCUCGGUAGGGUUCCAAUCGAUCCUGCAUUUACGAGUAUGGUGGAAGCAGAAGGAGAUGGCUCUUAUGUCAAUAAGUUUGAAACAUCCAACCUAUUUCCUACUUUCCAAAAAAUCACAGAGCAACUGACUGCACAGCACACGAAAUAAUUAUCGUUUCUUCUUUUCAACAUAUAAACAAUUUGAAUUCUAUGGUAGGAUUUCCCUUUUGUAAAUUACAGCAGCUUCUAGAAAUUAUACAGCCAAUAAUAAAAGAAAAAAAAAUAUAUGAUAUGACAGAUAACAGCAAGUGGCAUUACGCCAAUCGAGAGACAUCCAAUCCCCAAUCUGAUUCCAGGUGGUCAAGGAUGGCGGGAAUACUUGAUAAGAUGUUGAAAGUUUUGCGCUCACUGUUGCUCAUAAUAUCUUCCAUCAUGUACAUCAAGUGAUGGUGGAAGAUAAAGUGAUUUGUACCGUACCCGAGUGCCAUAUGGACAUAGCU